AUGAAUUCCAUAUGUUCAUCAUGUAAACAAUCAAUUUUAAAUAAUUCUCUAAAAAAAUUUUGUGGUUCAUGUCAACAAAUAUAUUGUUCAAAUUGUUUAUAUCAACGUAUAGCUAUACCAAAAUUAAAUUAUCAAAUGCAUGAAGUUUGUACACAAUGUUAUCAUUCAAUAAGUACAGAAAUAAUGUUACAAAAACCACCAAAAAAUUUUCUAAAACGAUUAGAACAACAACAACAACAACAACCAUCAUUAUCAUCAUCAAAACAAAUACAAAUGCCUAUAAAUGAACUUGAUCCAGAAACAAAAGCACUUGAAGAACGUCUUGAAAAAUUACGUAUGGAUUUUCCAGGAAAAUCAAUAAAUAAUAUAUCAAAUAAAAUUUCUACAAAUCCAAAUGAUCUUAUAAAACAAAUGCAUGAUGAAUUAUCUAUUCAACAACAUGAUGAUAAUUCACUUGCACAACGUUUACGUAUUUUACAUGAAACAAUGCCAGCUGCAACACCUGAUACAGUUAUAUUAUCAUCAACAAAAAAGUCUGAAGAACAAUCUAAUGAUAAUAAUGAUGAUGAUGAUGAUGAAUUUCCAUGGUGUACUGUAUGUAAUGCUAAUGCAACAAAACGUUGUCUUGAUUGUGAUGAAUUAUUUUGUGAAUCAUGUGUUAAAAAAAUUCAUCGUCAAUCUGAUUAUAAAAAACAUCAAUUAGAAUCUUAUAAACCAUCGGCAAAAGCAAAGAAAAAAUAUAAUUAUUAUUAG